GACACGUACAAUGUCGCGCUCUUUCCAACCAAGCUCCUAAUCGUCGUGCACUUGCGCUUCAAACUACUCCACUUCUGUUCGGAGAGAAAGUUUUACACCCUAUAGUAUCAAGAGUUGCCCGUUCCCUUUAAUUUCAAACGUUCGCUAUAUUGAUGAGUAACAAUCGAUUUCGAAGUUCUGUAACAGAUGCACGCACGCAAUAUGACAAGCGCAAGCCCAACAACCUUGCAAUCAAUGCUACCCGGUGGUCGUAAACAGUCGUUUUCGAGCUGCCUACGAACAUGCAUCCCUCCGUUCGUAACGAUAUCGAUCAGCCGCGAAAUCCAAACUACAAGAAAGAUAUCGUUUACGUGACGAGGCACAAUAAGUGGGUCCUGAACUCUAUCGGAGUUUGGCCAGUGGUGCUGAAUGGUGUCGGCCAAUUUUUACCGAAAAUCGCGAUCGGUCUGUAUAAUUUAGUGUUGUUCUUCGUUGUAAUGCAUUGUGUCUUGCACGUUGUAUUCGAGCAAAAAGAUCCUGUGAUGGUGCUGAAGAUUCUAGGCUUGAUAUGCUUUUCUAUCAUUUCUAUGAUGAAGUAUUGGGCUCUGACAGCACGCAAGUCGAAGAUCGAAUACUGUAUCGAGCAGUUGUACGCUGAUUGGAAACAGGUAGAAUUCCAAAGGGAUCGCGAGCUGAUGUUGAAAUACGGGAAAAUUGGGAGAAAGCUCACCAUGUACAGUGCCGUGUUUAUGUAUAGCGGUGGCCUGUCCUACGUCACGAUUAAGCAAUACGCGAUCGGCUCGUACGUCGAUGAGUUUAACCGUACGAUCAAAAUGCUGGUAUAUCCUACGUACAAUGCUCUUUACGACGUUCAGAAAAGUCGAGAAAUCAUGUACUUCCUCCAGUGCAUGUGCGAAUAUGUAUCCGACAGUGUGACAGCCGGAGCUUGCGGUCUGGCUGCACUUUUCGUAACGCACGUCUGUGGCCAGAUUGAUAUCGUUAUGUCUCGGAUAGACGAUCUAAUCGAUGGAAAAUUCUCCGAGGAAGAUUCUACUCUGAAAGUUCGUUUAGUGGAGAUCGUUCAACAUCAUAUCAGAACUUUAAAAUUCUCUGCGAUGAUUGAGACGGUUCUUCAAGAGGUGUGCUUUCUAGAAUUUUUUGGCUCCACUUUCGUAAUAUGUUUGCUCGAAUACUAUUGUAUUGUGGAUUGGGAGCAGAAUGAUAAAAUUGGUCUGACGACGUAUUCGUUGCUGCUGAUAUCCUUGACGUUCAACAUGUUCUUAUUGUGCUACAUUGGUGAUCUACUGAUCGAGAAGAGUACUAACGUCGGAAUAUCCUGUUGCAUGAUCGAUUGGUAUCGUUUGCCAGCAAAGACAGUCCAGGACCUGAUUUUAAUCAUUGCCAUGUCGAACAAUCCGGCAAAAAUUAGCGCCGGUAGAAUUGUUGAUUUGUCUUUGACAUCCUUUGCAAGUGUUUUAAAAACAUCGUUCGCGUAUUUAAAUUUUAUUCGGAAGACCGUUACGUAAUAAUUUAAUAAUAGUUCUGCUGUUUCUAUUAUUUAUACAUUUACACCCGUCCCUCUUUUU